AUGAUCAAGCUUUUGUCCAAAACAUUACUUGAAUUAAAUAUCUUUCAACCAUCUGAUUUUGGUAGUAGUGUUGAUCGAUUAACAGCUAAACAAUAUGGUCGAUGGGCAACUCGUCUCUGUAUUCUUUUAUUUCUUAGUAGUCUUAUAAUACUUAUCUUCUAUACAAUUAUUCGACCACAUAGUGUAACAAAAACAUUUGAUCAACCAUUAUUUAAUUCUUAUGAGCGAUUACAACAAAUUUAUAAAAAUGAAUUAAAAUGUUCAUGUUCACAAAUAGCAUCAACAUACAAUAAAUUUGUUGAAAUUAUACCAAAACUUCAUCCUAUUUGUUCAAGUGAAUUCGUAUCGAAGGAAUGGCAUAUGGGUAUAAUAGAUGGUCUUGCUCCGAAUUUUUCUAUUUAUUCAAAAAAUGAUUAUCGUCGAUUUCUUUCUUCUCAUUUAUAUUAUCUUCAAGGAUUAUGUCAAAUCUCAAAAGAUUCAGUUGAUAAUGCUAUUGAUGAAUUUCUUACAUCAUUAUUAGUCACUGUUGAACUUCUUUCCAAAGAAGAUUUUCAUCAUCGUAUUGAAAUCUUAAUUGAACAAAAGAAAUCUAAUGUUCCUAUUUUAUUUUCUCGUUUUCUCUCUAUGAUUCAAAUUUUUAAUCAUGGAAAUGGUUUUAUGACAACAUAUGGAACAAAUUUUCAAUAUGUUUUUUUAAAGUCUUAUUAUGAUUAUGAUACAAGCUAUUAUGCACAUACAGUUGCAAUGAUUUAUGAUGAUAAUUGUUCUUGUGGAUUAUCUUCAAAUUGUACAACACAAGCUAUUUUUAUUGAGAACUUAACAACUAUUUCAAUUGUUGGAUUAAAAAUGGGAUGUUUACCAAGUGAAUCAUUUCAUUUAUCAACUCUUGAAUGUUUUUUUAAUGAAUCAUGUCUUAAUCUUAUUCAUAAAUAUACAAAUUAUCGAAAUGAUUCAACUCCUCUGCCAACAAAUCUCACUUAUUUUUCAUUGAAUUCAACAAUUAAUGAAUUAAUAAAUCAUGCAUUUACUGAACAAUGGUUAACAAACAUAAAUUAUUCAUUAUAUUAUGAUCAAUGUUUUCCUUCAAUAUGUUCAUAUACUUAUAAUGACAAAUUUAAUAUUUUAUAUCUUAUUACACUUUUUCUUAGUCUACAAGGUGGUUUAACAUUAGUUUUAACAUGGAUUUGUCCAAAAUUAAUUCGAUAUGCAUCAAAAAUCUAUCAUUAUUAUCGUAUAAGAAGACAAAGAACAUCAGUUUAUCCAGAUAAUUCACUUUCAAUAUCAUCAAAUAAUUUUAAUAUUCAAAAUACAAAUGAUAAUGCUGAUAUUCAAACAGAACAGAACAGAACAUUUGAACAAAGAAUUAUCUCACCAAUUCGACGUUACUCGAAGAGAAUUUUGAUAAUUUCAUUAUUAAUAUUAUUAAUAAUUAUUAUAAUUAUCUUCUCAAUUUAUUAUGCUCGAAACGAACCACUUUGUCAAAAUAAAUUUCAACAAAUAUCAAUCAAUACUGCUUGUUUUGAACCUUAUUAUAACAAAUUUAAAAUUGCUACUGGUGAUUUUAAUAAUGAUAAUCGAGUUGAUCUCGUAUAUUCUUGUAAAUCUGAUCAAAAUGAGGGUAUACUUGUUCUACUAAUUAAUGAAAAUGGAACAUUUCAUAAUUCAACAAUUUUAUUACUGUCAACAUUUCAUUUGAUAGAUUUUAUUUAUGUUGUUGAUUUUAAUAAUGAUAAUCGAUCCGAUGUGUUUUUAAAAUAUGGAACUGAGUUUAUAGUUUUAUUAAGCAAUGAUAAUGGAACAUUUCGACUUCUACCGGUAUUGUCAGAUGAAUGUAUUGACGAAAUAUUUAAAGUUUAUAUUGCCGAUUUUAAUAAUGAUAAACAAUUUGAUGUGCUUUUUACACAGAAUUCUCGCUUAAAGGAAAACCCGAUCGUUUUAUUGGGAACUGGUAAUGGAACAUUUCAAGAACCAAUUGUAAGUUCACCUACAAAGUUUAGUCAAGAGAUGGAAAAUAUUGUUGUAUACGAUCUUGAUAAUGAUAAUAUAUUGGAUAUUGUUAUAAGUUUUGAACUGAACACGAAUGUUGGAGUUAUGUAUGGAUGUGGAAAUGGAAGUUUUUCAUUACAAACUUUAUUAUCCGAACAGAAUAUAAUUAACACAGAGAUAUUAUAUGUGGCGAAUAUUAAUAAUGAUCAAUAUGUCGAUAUUAUUAUAUACGAUUAUGAUUUAAAACAUGUUUAUGUAUUCUUUGGAAGUGCAAAUAGAACUUUUGAUGGUACUGAAUGUAAAAUAUAUCAUUAUCAUAAUAAUAGUUUUAAGAGAAAUGAAAAAACUCAUUUUGAAUCGAUUCAAAAAUUGGACGCACUCGCACCAAUUGUUUAUGAUAUUAAUAAUGAUAAUUAUUUAGAUAUUAUCCUUUGCAACAAUAAACCUACUGAGCUUUAUGUUUUAUUUGGAUAUGGAAAUGAUCGCUUUUAUUCACAUAAAGUUUAUUCAGAUGAAACUCAAUAUUUACCAUGUAAGUUAGUUGUUGAUGAUUUUAAUAAUGAUAAUUUUCAAGAUAUAGUCAAUGUUAAUUAUAAAACUAAUUUUAUUAAUAUUUUCUUAUAUAAACAUGAAUGUUCCAUUGACUAA